GUGUGGUACUGCAAGCAGUGGAGAGACUGGGCAGAGUGAACGCAGGCGGCUGGCAUGCUUGAAUGUCAAACUUUUCAAUUUCUAACCUCUUCAAACUCACAAAUACGGAUUUUGUGAUCUACACCCUCUUCACUUUGAAUAACACGGGACCACCAAAGACAUUUUUUCUGACCAGCGGACAGCGGCGAAGACACAAUCGACUGCUGUCCGACGUCCAAUCGGGAAAGCAGUCUCGAGGCGAUUCGAGCUGCUCCUGCGAUCACCACACGUUCAAAGGAGCUCACAUUGGAUUGUCCCUAUCUUCCGACUGUUUACUAACUAGAUAGUUAUUCUAACCAUAAAGUCGCGACCCUAGGACUCUGACGGUUCUAACGUUACCUUGCAAGGAAUAAUUGCUGUUGCCUACUCGUAAUCGUGGACGGAGGUUGAGGCGUUGUGGAGACAAAAGGAUAAGGAGAUUAAAAAUCAGCACCCAGAUCGAAAGAGCAAAAGGAUUGGGUCGAAGAGUGUUUUCCUCCGACUGAAGACUGGGCUUUGUCCGAGCGCCUGUGUGUGCUGGGAGGGGUGGCGGGCCGUUGCUCAUCUGCUCGGAUUACUGGAAAACGCCAGAUUUCCUGGAUUUCCCCUUUGAAAGGAUACAUUGAAGAUGUAUCCACAAGGCCGGCAUCCGGCACCUCACCAGCCAGGUCAGCCUGGAUUCAAAUUCACGGUUGCAGAAUCCUGUGAUAGGAUCAAAGACGAGUUCCAAUUUCUGCAAGCCCAAUACCACAGUCUGAAGGUGGAGUAUGACAAACUGGCCAACGAAAAGACAGAGAUGCAGCGCCAUUACGUCAUGUACUAUGAAAUGUCUUAUGGGCUCAAUAUCGAAAUGCACAAACAGACUGAGAUUGCCAAGCGUCUCAAUGCCAUUCUUGCUCAAAUCAUGCCUUUCCUGUCACAAGAGCACCAACAGCAGGUGGCUCAGGCUGUUGAGCGUGCCAAGCAAGUGACAAUGACCGAGCUGAAUGCCAUCAUCGGGGUACGUGGACUUCCCAAUCUGCCUCUCACCCAACAGCAACAUGCUGUCUACCCAGCCCUGAUGCAACAGCAACUCCAGGCGCAGCACCUGUCCCACGCUGCCCACGGCCCGCCGGUCCAGCUACCCCCCCACCCCUCGGGCCUGCAGCCGCCCGGCAUCCCGCCCGUCACCGGCGCCGGCUCCGGCCUGCUCGCCCUCGGGGCCCUGGGUAGCCAGCCGCACCUGCCUGUCAAGGACGAGAAAAACCACCACGACAUGGAGCACAGAGAACGAGAGUCGAGUACGAAUAAUUCCGUAUCCCCGUCAGACAGCCUGAGAGCCAACGAGAAGCACCGAGGGUCGUCUGACUACAGCCUGGACUCCAAGAAGCGCAAAGUGGAGGAGAAGGACAGCAUGAGCAGAUAUGACAGCGACGGGGACAAGAGUGACGAUCUGGUAGUGGACGUGUCCAACGAGGAUCCAGCGACCCCCAGAGUCAGCCCGGCCCACUCCCCUCCAGAGAACGGGCUGGACAAAUCGCGAGCCCUGAAGAAGGACGCUCCCAACAGCCCCGCGUCCGUGGCCUCCUCCGGCAGCACCCCCUCCUCCAAAGCCAAGGAGCACUCCCACAAUGACAAGUCCUCCACACCGGGCCUGAAGUCCAACACCCCCACCCCACGCAACGAUGCCCCCACCCCCGGAACCAGCACCACCCCUGGGCUGCGGCCCAUCCUGGGCAAGCCCCCCGGCAUGGAGGCUCUGGCCCCUGCUCUGCGGACCCCGCUGUCCAUCGCCGGCUCAUACGCCACCCCCUUUGCCAUGAUGGGCCACCACGACAUGAACGGCUCGCUGACCAGCCCUGGGGUCUACGCCGGCCUGCACAUCUCCCCCCAGAUGAGCGCUGCUGCCGCGGCUGCCUACGGCCGAUCGCCCAUGGCGGGGUUUGAUCCACACCCUCACAUGAGAGCCCCAGGCCUCCCAACCAGCCUCACCUCCAUCUCCGGAGGAAAACCUGCCUACUCCUUCCACGUGAGCGCAGACGGCCAGAUGCAGCCAGUGCCCUUUCCCCCAGACGCUCUGAUUGGGCCAGGCAUCCCGCGCCACGCACGCCAGAUCAACACACUGAGCCACGGCGAGGUGGUGUGUGCCGUCACCAUUAGCAACCCGACACGCCACGUCUACACCGGCGGCAAGGGCUGCGUCAAGAUCUGGGACAUCAGCCAGCCGGGCAGCAAGAGCCCCGUCUCCCAGCUCGACUGCCUGAACCGUGACAACUACAUCCGCUCGUGUAAGCUGUUGCGGUUGCCACGUCAGGCUCAUCGGGGGGGGGCGAGGGCACAGCUGACCAUCUGGGACCUGGCGUCGCAGACGCCGCGCAUCAAGGCCGAGCUGACCAGCUCUGCGCCCGCCUGCUACGCCCUGGCCAUCAGCCCCGACGCCAAGGUGUGCUUCUCCUGCUGCAGCGACGGAAACAUCGCCGUCUGGGAUUUGCACAACCAGACACUCGUCAGGCAGUUCCAGGGCCACACUGACGGAGCCAGCUGCAUCGACAUCUCCCACGACGGGACCAAGCUGUGGACGGGCGGCCUGGACAACACUGUCCGCUCCUGGGACCUGAGGGAGGGACGCCAGCUGCAGCAGCACGACUUCACCUCACAGAUCUUCUCCCUGGGCUACUGUCCGACGGGCGAGUGGCUGGCCGUUGGCAUGGAGAGCAGUAACGUGGAGGUUCUCCACCACACCAAGCCAGACAAGUACCAGCUGCACCUCCACGAGAGCUGUGUACUCUCACUCAAGUUUGCCUACUGCGGUAAAUGGUUCGUGAGCACGGGGAAGGACAAUCUACUUAAUGCCUGGAGGACCCCCUACGGUGCCAGCAUAUUCCAGUCGAAGGAAUCCUCCUCCGUCCUGAGCUGUGACAUCUCUGCCGAUGACAAGUACAUUGUGACGGGCUCUGGUGACAAGAAGGCCACUGUUUACGAGGUGAUCUACUAACUCCGAGGCGCCCAGGACUCGAGCCCUCCUUUGGGCUUGGAACAGGGGAGCUGCUUAGACUCCCCUUGCACUCAACUUCUCACACCAGGACCUCCUCUUCCCUCUGCCGUACUAUGCCGGACUCACCGCGGGGCACCGGCUAACUUCGGAUUGUUGAACCAAGACAGUGAUGUCCCUUUGCCUCGCAUCUUACAGUGGAUUUUGGCUUCAGUCUUCAGUAGAGGCUUGCAGAUCUAGCUAACACUUCCACGCCGAGUGCAGCUCCUUUGGCACUAAAGAAGUAAAUAUUGUCAUGCUGUUUUUGAAUCAUUAUUUUUUUGGAGGGGGCGGGGGUCUUCUGGGGUCGAUGUUUUUUUCAUCUCUGAUUCAUUACCUUUUUUCUUUUUUUCUUUUUUUUUUUUUUUUUAAACAAAAUGAGAAUGUUCUGUGAUGUAACAUGAAGCGGUGCUUCAUUUUUAAACCGUGCUCCUUGGACGUCUUGUGAAAAGUGUACAUACUGGAGUAAUAAAGACAUUUUAUAAAUAUAUAUAUUAAAUAUAUAUAUAUUUUCAUGUCUGUAUACUUGUGAUGGUUUUCUUUCUUCCCAUCUCCUCAAUGCUUGCAUAGAAAAGUAGGUUAGACCUUUUUUUUCCAAGCUUUUUUUUUUUUUUGUAAGCACAAUCUCCAGACUGACCUUUUCCCGAAAUGUCUCUCAUGGAAAAAAGGAAAGAAAAAAAAAUCACACAAGAACUUCUCUGAGCCGGAACAUUUUACGGAGAUUGAAAUGUCUUUUUUUGGAGACGUCCUUUGGAUGUAUGCGGAGUGGUGAAAGAAAGGCCCCUGGAUACACUCACGCUGCUUCCUGGACUGAGCUUGGGGACCCAGACACACACAUAUAUACACACACUCACACUUACACUUACUUGCGCUGACGCAGGACAUGGUCGAGCGAGGGAGGAACUGUCGGGAGACCUUGUAAAUGAAUCCUUCUCAUUAAACGUUAAGUUAACUAACCGUA